CUUCUGGAUAAGGGGGCUGAUCUGGAAGCUGCCGAUGAAGAGAAAUGGAGGCCGCUUCACUUCGCAGCAUAUCAAGGUCGCUUGUCACUGGCGCGCCGGCUUGUGGAUUCGGGCUGUGAACUCGAGCCUCUCAGCGACGAAGGAAAGACUCCUUUCUACUAUGCCCUCGACGGAAAUCACUCAGAGAUGAUUCAAUUUCUU